AUGUCUCAAGUACGUCAACAAGAAGUCAGGGACGAAGAGUCCGAAGAGCAGACACAACUCCAACGCCCUCCCAACCCUACAGGCAGCUGCAAUCUUGCGAAACUCGCACAAACGGCACCCGCGCCACAAGAAUGCCAGGGCAAGGUAGUCCCAGCGCCACUCCCUGGAGGAAGGAUUAGUCCCUUUUGUGAAUCAUGGGUCAAGGAUCGACGAGCGAACGUGAGCGAGGAGGACAGCAGCUUGAAUAUCAAGAUUGAGCUGGAUCUGGAAGUUGAGGUAGAGCUCUAUGCGUGA